AAAAAUUUAAAAAAAAAAAAGUAUAUGGCGUUUAAUAUUUUCGAAGUUUUUUUACAGUAUUUGUUUUAUUUAGAUUUAUGGCCGGUAACAUUGUGUAUCCCACAACCUCUGAAUUAACGUUUUCUUCGCCACCUUCUCUUCUUUUCGUUCUUUCCCUCCAUUUCUUUCGCUCAUUUUUUUUUACCAAGAAAAUAAUCUUAAAGAAAAGGGAAAGAAAAAAAACACAUAUUAUGCUGGCCGGUUCCUCUCCGCUGUCUCUUCCGCCGGAUAUCUGACUGCCACCUCCCUGCCGGAGUCAGCAUGCCGCCCUCAAACGCCAUCAUCUGCGUCGGCAACAACGACGCUCAACGGCCUGCCCCGGAGUGCCCCAGCGACCCAGAAUGGCCGUUCGGGCGCCUCGACGGCCUCGACACCGAUGAUUUCCGGGAAGCGGGGUACGAGAUAUUUUUCACGGCGUGCCGGUCGUCGCCGGGGUUCGGCGGCCGGACGGCGAUAUCAUAUUACAGUCCAUCCGAUGGAGGAGACGGAAACGGGUUAGGAGCGGGUCAUGAUUCUGGAACCUGGUCCCCAAGGAAGGUGCCAGGGCAAGGCGUGGGAAUGGCGGUGACGAGCCAGGUGAAGCGAGCAUUGGGGUUGAAGAUGUUGAGAAGGUCGCCUUCAAGGAGGGCCAGCUCGUGCGGGUCAUUGCCGUCGUCACCCAACGCCGGGGGAUCUCCGAGGAUGAACUUCACGGUGCCGGGGCGAGGGAGGCGGCCGAUGACAUCUGCUGAGAUCAUGCGCCGGCAAAUGAAGGUGACCGAGCAGAGUGAUAAUCGGCUUCGUAAAACUCUCAUGCGGACCCUUGUUGGCCAAAUGGGGAGGCGAGCAGAGACAAUAAUCCUUCCACUGGAGCUUCUGCGCCACCUCAAACCCUCCGAAUUCAACGACCCACACGAGUACCACAUUUGGCAGAAGCGGCAGCUCAGGAUUCUUGAGGCCGGCCUCCUCCGCCACCCCGCCGUCCCUCUCGAGAAAUCUAACGCCUCCGCCUCCACUCUCCGGAGCAUCAUUCAAGCUGCCGACGUCAAGCCACUCGACACUGGGAAGAACUCCGAGCCCAUGAGAAACCUCGUCAACUCCGUCGUCUCCUUAGCUUGGAGACCCGUCGCGGACUCCUCCGCCGCCACCGAUAUUUGCCACUGGGCGGACGGGUACCCGCUCAACGUCCACAUAUACAUGGCCCUGCUUUCCUCCGUGUUCGACAUGAAGGACGACACGUUGGUCCUGGACGAGGUCGACGAACUGCUCGAGCUGAUGAAGAAGACCUGGUCUACCCUAGGGAUAAACAGGUCAAUUCACAACAUAUCUUUCACUUGGAUUCUUUUCGAGCAGUACUUCAAUACAGGACAGGUCGAGCCGGACCUCCUCGGAGCCUCCCUGGCUAUGUUAGCCGAGGUUGCAAAUGACGCCAAGAAAGCGGACAGGGAGCCGGUUUAUGUCCGGAUACUUGGGAGCGUUUUGAGUUCGAUGAAGAGAUGGUCGGAGAAGAGGUUGCUCGAUUACCAUCGGAAGUUCGACAAGGGAAAUGUGAGUCUGAUGGAGAGUGUUCUUCCAUUGGUUUUCCUGGCCUCGAAAAUCUUGGAAGAGGACGUUCCUUGUCAUGCAAGUCACGCCGUUGUCGGAGAUGGAACCGCCGGAAAUCGUGUCGACCACUACAUCCGGUCUUCCAUGAGAAAUGCAUUCGCAAAGAUUUUGGAGGAAAGGAACAUAGACAGGGCGACGUUCGAGAUGCAAGAAGUGAGCGACACGCUGAUGGAACUAGGCGACGCGGCGGAAGAAUUGGCAGCCAAGGAGAAGGAGAUCUUCAGCUCCUCCCUCAAGAAAUGGCAUCCGGUGGCGGCCGGAGUCGCCGCCGUGACACUGCACACCUGCUACGGGACGCUGCUGAAGCAGUACCUAGGUGGUGUAACGACAAUCACGGAGGAGACAGUUCGGGUCCUACAGAGGGCCGGGGCGUUGGAAAAUGUGCUGGUUCAGAUGGUGGUCGAGGACUCGGUGGAUUGCGAGGAUGGAGGGAAAGCCAUUGUGAGAGAGAUGGUUCCCUACGAAGUUGAGUCCAUCAUUUCGGGACUUGUCCGACAAUGGAUUCAAGAUAAGGUGAAGAUUGGGAGGGACAUUCUCCAGAGAGCUAAAGACACUGAGACAUGGAACCCCAAGUCGAAGAAUGAGCCGUAUGCACAAUCUGCAGUAGAGCUAAUGAAGCAAGGAAAAGAAGCGGUGGACAGUUUCUUUGAACUCCCGGUUAGCAUAACGAAUGAUUUAGUCCACAAUCUCGCCGAGGGCCUCGAGCAGGUCUUCUGCGAAUACAUUAGCUUCGUCGAAUCGUGCGGAUCGAAGCAGAACUAUGUCCCAACGCUCCCUCCACUGACGAGAUGUAGCCAAGACUCGCGGUUUUUCAGGUUGCUGAGGAAGGGCUCUUGCAGUGCGGGGGUGUACUGUGAGCACCACCGCUUCAUUAGCGAUGCCAAUCACGUGCGCCCCUCCACGAGCCGUGGGACCCAACGACUUUACAUCCGCCUCAACACCCUGCAUUACCUUCUCUCGCAACUCCACGCCAUCGACAAACUCCUUUCCCUCAAUCCGAGAGUUGUCCCGUCCACCACAACGAUUCGUCGCACUAAGAGUAGCCUCUCGAGCUCCAUAUCCUUCUUUGAUCAGGCACGUGCAACCAUCCGAGCAGCGGUCCAACAUGUGUCAGAAGCAUCAGCGUACCGACUGGUGUUCCUCGACUCCAACUACGUCCUCUACGGAAGCCUAUACGUGGAGGACGUAGAGAACGCGCGAAUACUCCCGGCCUUGAGAGUGCUGAAGCAGAACCUCACGCUCUUGUGCGCGAUCGUGACAGAGCGGGCCCAACCCAUGGCGAUCAAAGAAGUGAUGAAGGCGACUUUCGAGGCGUACCUCAUGGUCCUGCUAGCCGGGGGGUGUUCGCGAGUGUUCUGCAGGACGGACCACCACAUGCUGGAGGAGGACUUCAACAACUUGAAGAAGAUCUUCUGCACGUGCGGAGAAGGUUUGGUGUCAGAAGACGUGGUUGACAGAGAGGCGGAGACGGUGGAAGGGGUGCUGGCGUUGAUGGGCCAGUCGACGGAGCAAUUGAUAGAGGACUUCAGCAGUGUGGCGUGCGAAACGAGCGGUGUGGGCGUUCUGGGAGCACUGCAGAAGCUGCCUAUGCCUCCCACAACAGGGGGGUGGAGCAGGUCAGAUCCCAACACAAUCUUGAGAGUUCUUUGUUACAGGAAUGACAAAUCUGCCAAUCUUUUCUUGAAGAAAAGUUUCCACUUGGCAAAGAGGAGGGGAUGAGUCUUGUUGGAUACAGAACAACACUUCAAUGUACAUACUAAUUAAGGAGGGGGGGUGAAAACAUAGAAUGAAAAGAAAGACAACAAGUGCAAGCAUGCAUUUCUUGAAAUCAAAAUUCUAAGACAGAAUUGUCUGAUUUGUUGUGUCAUGAUGGAAAAAAACAUUGUAACUAUUUCGCUUCCUUCUUUUAUUGUCUUAGUUUAGAGGUAGGCAUUGAUAUACAUAUAUACAUAUACUCAUAUGCAUAGAACAAAUUAAAGAAACUUUGCUGUCUUUC